AUGACAGUAGGGGCAGGGAUUUCAGUGGCAGAUAGGAAGUUGGUGGUGUUAGGGAAUUGUGUGUUGAAUGAUGUUCAUGAUAACAUUGAGAUAACACCAGCUUCUGGGGGUGGUUUCAUCAAUGGAGCUUUUAUCGGUGUCCGAUCAGAUCAAGUUGGCAGUCGAAGGGUUUUUCCUGUUGGAAAGCUUGAGGGAUUGCGGUUCAUGUGUGUUUUUCGAUUCAAGAUGUGGUGGAUGACGCAAAGGAUGGGAAAUUGUGGUCAAGAUAUUCCCUUCGAGACACAAUUUUUGAUUGUUGAAGCUCGAGAUGGGUCUCAUUUUGACAGUGGGGAGGAACAAUCUGCUUUGUACACCGUUUUCUUGCCAAUUCUUGAAGGAGAUUUCAGGGCUGUUCUUCAAGGGAAUGAGCAAAACGAGCUGGAGAUCUGCUUAGAAAGUGGAGAUCCUGAUGUUAAAGAAUUCGAGGGGAGUCAUCUGGUUUUUGUGGCUGCUGGUUCAGAUCCCUUUGAUGUCAUCACAAAUGCAGUGAAGGCUGUGGAAUCACAUUUGCAGACAUUUUCCCAUCGCGACAAGAAGAAGAUGCCAGACAUGCUGAACUGGUUUGGAUGGUGCACAUGGGAUGCUUUUUACACGAAUGUCACUGCAGAGGGUGUGAAGCAAGGAUUAGAGAGCUUCGAGAAAGGUGGAAUUCCUCCAAAAUUUGUUAUAAUUGAUGAUGGAUGGCAAUCGGUCGGAAUGGAUUCCACCGGUAUCGAGACCAUAGCUGAUAAUUCAGCCAACUUUGCAAACAGAUUAACACAUAUCAAAGAGAAUCACAAAUUCCAGAAAGAUGGAAAAGAGGGCCACAGAGUGGAGGAUCCAGCUUUGGGGCUGAACCACAUGGUGACCCAAAUCAAAGAACGACAUGAUUUGAAGUAUGUUUAUGUGUGGCAUGCAAUAACAGGAUACUGGGGAGGGGUUAGGCCCGGUAUCGCUGAAAUGGAACACUAUGAAUCGAAGAUGGCUUACCCUAUUUCAUCUCCUGGGGUUGAAUCUAAUGAGCAUUGUGAUGCUUUGAAAAGCAUUACCACGAAUGGUCUUGGCCUUGUGAAUCCUGAAAAAGUUCUCAACUUCUAUGAUGAACUUCACUCCUAUCUUUCGUCAGCUGGAAUUGAUGGGGUCAAAGUUGAUGUUCAGAAUAUCCUCGAAACUCUUGGGGCAGGCCACGGCGGAAGAGUGAAACUUGCUAGGAAAUACCAUCAGGCAUUGGAGGCUUCUAUUGCUAGAAACUUCCGUGACAAUGGGAUCAUUUAUUGUAUGAGCCACAACACCGAUGGUUUGUACAGCGCAAAGAAAUCAGCUGUAAUAAGGGCAUCAGAUGAUUUCUGGCCAAGAGAUCCAGCAUCACACACAAUUCAUAUUGCAUCAGUUGCUUAUAAUACCAUAUUUCUAGGGGAAUUUAUGCAGCCGGAUUGGGAUAUGUUUCAUAGCCUACACCCAAUGGCGGAAUACCACGGAGCAGCUCGUGCUGUGGGAGGAUGUGCUAUCUAUGUCAGUGACAAGCCUGGACAACAUGACUUUAAUCUACUGAAGAAGCUUGUCCUUCCUGAUGGUUCUAUAUUGAGGGCCAAACUUCCAGGAAGACCAACAAGGGAUUGCUUGUUUUCUGACCCUGCCAGAGAUGGUAAAAGUCUCCUGAAAAUAUGGAACCUGAACGAUUUUGGUGGAGUCAUGGGAGUCUUCAACUGCCAGGGAGCUGGAUGGUGCAGGGUUGAAAAGACAAACCUCAUCCAUGAUGAAAAGCCUAGCACAGUCACUGGUUCUGUUAGGGCUAAAGAUGUUGAUUAUCUCCCUAGAGUUGCUGGUGAUGGAUGGACAGGCGAUACUGUAUUGUAUUCUCAUGUUGGUGGAGAAGUGGUUUACCUUCCAAAGGAUGCAACCAUGCCACUUACAUUGAAGUCUCGAGAAUAUGAAGUUUUCACAGUGGCUCCUGUAAAGGAGCUGUCCAAUGGGGUUAAAUUUGCCCCUAUAGGUCUAACCAAGAUGUUUAAUUCAGGAGGGGCCAUCAAAGAGCUGCAAUAUGACUCCUGCGCAGCUGCAAUUGUCAGAAUGAAAGCUCGUGGCUGCGGCUUGUUUGGAGCAUAUUCAUCUGCUCAGCCUAAAAGAAUAACAGUCGAUUCCCAGGAAGUAGAGUUUGGUUAUGAACAAGGAACUGGUUUGGUCACCAUUGAUUUGAGAGUUCCAGAAGAAGAGUUGUAUCUUUGGGACAUAACAGUAGAACUGUAG